AAACUAGUUCUCGGCAGCAGUAACCACAGGACGCAGCUCGGCUCAGAUGUAUGAACGCGGAAAUGAGGAAACCAAGUGUGGUCUGCUAAAGGGGUUAAAUGCUAAAGUGAAAAUCAUUUAAGCUCCAGAAAAGAAGCUCGAGAUCUUGCCAGCACCAACAUGAGCCUCCGAAAGCUAAGCAUUAAGUGGUUUGGGAGUCUCUCCAACCUCUCCUUCCGUCGAUCGCCCAACAACGCAGAGAACAAGCCGGCCCUGAAGCAGCGUAAAAGCUACAGUUAUGACAAGAGCACUGAUGACCUGGAUGCCUGUCCCCGCAGUCCCUCCUAUGCCCGGUCCAGUGACAUGUACAGUCACAUGGGCACCAUGCCACGCCUCUCCACCAAGGGUAAGGACAAGUCGAGCAAAGCCUCCAAGAAGACGAAAGGCAAGGGAGACCUCAGCAGGCGCCCUAGCCAGAGGCAGCCUGACGAUUUUGCUCCCGAAUCCCCUCUGCUAUCCGCCCUGUCCAGUGGCAGCGUGCCUAAGCCUGGAGCUAAUGGCGAAGCUGAGAAGGCUCCUUCUGCCCAGAGCAAGGAACCUGCAGCAGCACACUUAGCCCAAACGUCCCCCGCCGGGCCCCCAAACGUGGACUCUUCUGAGUCGCCCCAGAAUCUGGGACCCCGGGCAGCUCCAGCCUUACCACAGAGAAAUCAGUGCCAGGCCCAGCCCAGACCUGACCAAACUCGCCCUUCCCCAAGCUCCCUUGUUUCCCCGAAUCCGGCCGGCACUCCGGAGCUCUCCUGUCAGGUCAAGAGGGAAGAAUCCGCCGUGGAAUCUGACUCCAGCUGUGCGCCGGGGAAUUGGGAUCCUCGCCCUUCUGAAAGGGUCCAACCUGACGAGAGGCGGGAGCGGGAGACCCACAGUGCACUGGGAGAGGCAGGGGGCACAGUUAUGGAAGAGGAUGGAGACAUUUUCCGUUUUACAGAGGACAGCCACUUGGAGUCUAUGGAAUCCAGAGGCGAAUAUGUGAAGUUCUCAAAGGAGAAGUACCUUUUGGACUCGCCCCCGGAGAAGCUGAGACGGGAGCUGGAGGAGGAGUUGAAGCUGAGCAGCAGCGACCUGCGUAGUCACGGCUGGUACCACGGGCGCAUCCCCAGAGAGGUCUCGGAGACGCUAGUCUUGAGGAACGGUGAUUUCCUGAUCCGGGACUCCCUGACCAGCGUCGGCGAUUACGUCCUGACCAGUCGCUGGAACCAUGAGGUCCUGCACUUCAAGAUCAGCAAGGUGCUGGUCAAAUCCAGCGACUCGUACUCCCGGGUCCAGUACCUUUUGGAGCGCGAGAGCUUCGACUCGGUACCGGCCCUGGUGCACUACUAUGUGGGCAAUCGGCGACCCGUAUCCCAGCAGAGUGGAGCCCACAUUUACUGUCCCAUAAACCGCACUCUGCCCCUCCGGUACCUGGAGGCCAGCUUUGCCUUGGCCAAUGGGAAGCAUAAUCUGAGCCAGUCUCCCACCAAUCAGAGAGGAGCACACAUCAAGAGGCGGAGUGUCACCAUGACGGAUGGGCUGACCACCGAGAAAAUCAUCCCUCACAGCCCUUCCACUUUACACCACAAGGAGGCGAUCAGGAACUGCGCGCUCAGUAUGGACCAGAUCCAGGAGUUCAGCUGCCCCAUGUCUCCGGUCAGCGAGACCCCCCUCUCGCCAGCGUACAGCUCCAUUAACAGGCACAAGAGUCCGGCUGUGGCCAGGGUGCCAGCCGUGGUGCCCACUUCCCCGGUGAUGCGGCGCUGCAAGCUGUUCAGCUGUCCCUCUCUGGUUCGCCUGCAGGUUGCUAGGAUACUGGACGUUACUAAGGAGACGCAGAGGAUGAUGGGAGUGAGCUCCGGCCUGGAGCUGUUGACCCUUCCUCAUGGACACCAGCUCAGACUGGACCUGCUGGAGAGGUUCCACACCAUGUCCAUCAUGAUGGCCGUGGACCUGCUGGGCUGCACCGGGAACACGGAGGAACGCGCCGCCCUCCUGCACAAGACCAUCCAGCUGGCGGCCGAGCUCAAGAGCAACCUGGGCAACAUGUUCGGCUUCGCCGCAGUGAUGAGGGCCCUGGAGCUGCCCCAGGUAACGCUGGGCCGGGCGUCGAAUUGA